UGACGAGGAUUCUCCAAGGCGUCUCAACACAUGGGCCGGCUCAGAAACGCCAAGAUCCACGUGGAGAGAGCUAUCAAGCAGAAGAAGAUUUUCAUGAUCCAAGGCUGCUACCCUGUGAUCCGGUGGCUUUUGCGCCGGAGGGGCUGGGUGGAGAAGAAGGUGGUCCAUCACUUGGGUACCACGCUGCCACCACCACACAAGGAUCUGGGUGACAGUGACACCACUGAGGAUGAGGACGAAGAUGAGGAUGAAGCAUUCCGGCUACCACAGCUGUUCGACUUCGAUGAUUUACUGGAAUUUGAUGACCUGCAUGGGACGCAUGCUCUGAUGUCGCGCAUGGUUCGGAACGAGAUCCCCUACUUCAUCUGGACCACUCGGCGGAACAUGCUGGACUGUCGCUUCCUCUCCAAGGAUCAAAUGAUAAACCACUAUGCCCGGGCGGGCUCCUUUACCACAAAGGUGGGUCUGUGUCUCAAUCUCCGGAAUUUGCCAUGGUUUGAUGAGGCCGAUGCCGACUCCUUCUUCCCGCGCUGCUACCGCCUGGGGGCUGAGGAUGACAAAAAGGCCUUCAUAGAGGACUUCUGGCUGACAGCUGCCCGCAACGUUCUCAAGCUGGUGGUAAAGUCAGAAUGGAAGUCAUACUCUAUCCAAGCAGAAGAGGCAGAGGCCCCAGGUGCAAAGAAGACGGUCAUGUGUCGGGAUCAGGGGCACAAGGGCCUCAGGCGUGUCAGAACUCCCAAGCACGGAGAGGCUGCAGGAGACAAGCAGCCCAAGAAACAAGAGAAAAAGCCGGUGACGGUGUCCCCAGAGUUUGUGGAUGAUGCUCUGUGUGCCUGCGAGGAGCACCUUAACAACGUGGCCCACGUGGACAUUGACAAGGACAUGGAGGCUCCACUCUACCUGAGCCCUGAGGGCUGGUCCCUCUUCCUCCAGCGCUACUAUCAAGUGGUCCACGAGGGGGCAGAACUCAGGUACCUCGACACUCAGGUCCAGCGCUGUGAGGACAUCCUGCAGCAGCUGCGGGCCGUGGUGCCCCAGAUGGACAUGGAAGGAGAUCGCAACAUCUGGAUCGUGAAGCCGGGAGCCAAGUCCCGUGGACGAGGCAUCAUGUGCAUGGACCACCUGGAGGAGAUGCUGAAGCUGGUGGACGGCAAUCCCAUGAUGAUGAAGGACGGCAAGUGGGUGGUGCAGAAGUAUAUCGAGCAGCCCCUGCUCAUCUUUGGCACCAAGUUUGAUCUGAGACAGUGGUUCCUGGUGACCGACUGGAACCCGCUUACUGUGUGGUUCUACCGCGACAGCUACAUCCGCUUCUCUACACAGCCCUUCUCCUUGAAGAACCUGGACAACUCCGUGCACCUGUGCAACAACUCCAUCCAGAAGCACCUGGAGAAUUCGUGCCACCGACACCCACUGCUGCCCUCAGAUAACAUGUGGUCAAGCCAGAAGUUCCAGGCCCACCUGCAGGAGAUGGGGGCCCCGAACGCCUGGUCCACCAUCAUCGUGCCUGGCAUGAAGGCUGCGGUGAUCCACGCCCUGCAGACCUCCCAGGACACCGUGCAGUGUCGGAAGGCCAGCUUCGAGCUCUAUGGCGCCGACUUUGUGUUCGGUGAGGACUUCCAGCCCUGGCUGAUCGAGAUCAACGCCAGCCCCACCAUGGCACCCUCCACGGCUGUCACUGCCCGGCUCUGUGCCGGCGUACAGGCCGACACCCUGCGUGUGGUCAUCGACCAGCGGCUGGACCGCAGCUGUGACACAGGGGCCUUUGAGCUCAUCUACAAACAGCCUGCCGUGGAGGUGCCCCAGUAUGUGGGUAUCCGGCUUCUAGUAGAGGGCUCCACCAUCAAGAAGCCCCUGGCGAUGUGUCACCGGCAAAUAGAAGUCCGCCCAGCCCUCCCUCACCUGCUGACCCAGCGAGGCUCUGGGGAAGCCCAUCACCACUUCCCCACCCUCCACAGCACGGCCCAGCUGCCUUCUCCCCGUGUGCUCCGACCCCAGGGGCGGGGCCUCAGACUGCAGCACAGCAGGCUGGUGGGCUCUGAGGCCCUGUCGACCACAGGCAAGGCCUUGAUGACUCUACCUACUGCCAAGGUUUUGAUUUCCCUCCCACCUAACCCUGAGCUCAAGCUGGCACCCAACGCCCUGAAACCAAGAAAGGUGGGCCUCGAACGCGCAUUCAUGGUCCCCCACUUGGAAGUAACUUGUGGUCUCAACCCUUUGAAGUCGGAAAUCUUCCUAGCACCCGUAGGAAGAUCAAGGCCAAAGGCAACUUCAAGGCCAGACUGCGACAAACCCAAGGCAGAGACAUGCCUCAUGGCGACACUGAGCCUUCCAGGACACCUGCCCCUUAUCAGUGCACACCAGGGUCUGGGGGGCAUGAGGGACGUGUGGCUACAGAAGUCCUCGCUUCGAUCGUCACUGCCCUUAUCCUGGACGCAGCACCAAGUAAAAAAGCAAAUGAAGUAUUUGAGGCUUGGCUCCUUUUCUCUUAGAGGGUGAAGAGAGAGUAGGGUGUGGCUCUGUACCCCAAGGUCCAGAACAAGAGCUAGAGGCCAAUCAGCAACUCCUCCACAAAGCAAGGCCCAGAACUUCCCACCCAGUGACAGACAUGAGGCAUCCUGUCCAGGGACUCCCCUGGCAUCUCUGAUCUCGGGGUGGGAGGAUAAGUCUCAUGUUACAGAUGAGGAAACUGAGUCUGAACGAGGAGACAUGGCUUGCCCAAGAUCAUGUGGCAGUGAGCAGAAGGCUGGGACACAUUACCACGACUGCUGAGCCCUGCGGGUCUCCCCAGUCCCCAAGCCCAGAGGAGGAGCUGGGCUGGCAGCAGAAUGACAUAUAAUGGGCACAAGAUUUACAGCAGGAGACACAGCAGAAGAGUGGACCCAGCCCUUCUCCAGAUGAAGUGGGUCUCUCCCGUCCUCUGCAAAGGGCCAAGGUCACCUAAAAAGGAAAUAUCCAAUAAGCCACACCCAUCUGAAAAAGUUUGGUAUUUCUUAAUUGUAAUGGGUUGAACAUUGGUAUGUCUUCCUGGAACCUGUCAAUAUGACUUUAUUUGGAAAAAAGGGUCUUUGUAGAUGUAAGUACGUUAAAGAUUUUUAGAUGAGAUCAUCCUGGAUUAUCCAGAUGGGGCCUAAA